AUGACCCAACCCUUGACCACGCCCCCAACCCUUGACUGUCCCCAACCCUUGGCCACGCCCCCCACCCCCCCGCGGCCGCCCCGCACCGUGACCGCGCCGCCGUCCCCGCAGGGCAUCGGCUGUUACAUGUUCCGCAUCGACGAGGCCGAGGUGGUGGACGCCACCAUGCACGGCAGCGCCGCGCGCUUCAUCAACCACUCGUGCGAGCCCAACUGCUACUCGCGCGUCAUCCACGUCGAGGGCCACAAGCGCAUCGUCAUCUUCGCCCUGCGCCGCAUCCUGCGCGGCGAGGAGCUCACCUACGACUACAAGUUCCCCAUCGAGGAGCCGGCGGCCAAGCUGCCCUGCAACUGCGGCGCCCGGCGCUGCCGGCGCUUCCUCAACUGA